CUCUGUAGAGUACCCGGCGGCCAGCGCGCUCGGGCAGUGCAAAAUCCCAGCACUGGACCGGCAGAGGAAUUGUAGUGGCCACACUGUGCGCCCACCUGGGAAGGAGCCUGCAGACCUUAGGACGCCUGGCGUGUAUGCAGAUGACAGAAACCUUUGAGAUGCUUCCAUUAAUUGGAAAAACGAUCAUCUUUGAUAACUUUCCUGAUCCUUCUGAUACAUGGGAAAUCACUGAAACCAUCGGCAAAGGAACUUAUGGGAAGGUUUUCAAAGUCCUGAACAAGAAAAGUGGCCAGAAAGCAGCAGUCAAAAUUUUGGAUCCAAUCCAUGAUAUCGAUGAAGAGAUUGAAGCAGAGUAUAACAUCUUAAGAACACUUUCUGACCACCCGAAUGUGGUCAGAUUCUAUGGGAUUUAUUUUAAGAAGGACAAAAUAAAUGGAGAUAAGCUAUGGCUGGUUCUGGAGCUGUGCAAUGGAGGAUCAGUGACUGAUCUUGUGAAAGGAUUUCUGAAGAGGGGAGAAAGAAUGAGCGAGCCUGUAAUUGCAUAUAUUUUACAUGAAGCACUAAUGGGACUUCAGCAUCUGCAUAGCAACAAAACCAUCCAUCGUGAUGUCAAAGGAAAUAACAUCCUGUUGACUACUGAAGGUGGAGUAAAACUAGUAGAUUUUGGUGUGUCUGCACAGCUCAGCAGCACCCGGCACCGCCUGAACACCUCUGUAGGAACACCGUUUUGGAUGGCUCCUGAGGUGAUUGCUUGUGAACAGCAAUUAGAUACCACUUACGAUGCUAGAUGUGACACAUGGUCCCUGGGUAUCACAGCUAUUGAGCUUGGUGAUGGAGAUCCUCCACUAGCUGAGCUGCAUCCCAUGAGAGCACUCUUCAAAAUACCAAGGAAUCCACCCCCUAAACUCCGGCAGCCUGAACUGUGGUCAGCAGAGUUCAAUGACUUCAUUAGCAAAUGCUUGACCAAAGAUUAUGAAAAGCGUCCAACAGUGUCAGAUCUUUUGAAGCAUAAAUUUAUUACUCAGAUCGAGGGCAAAGAUGUGAUACUACAAAAACAACUAAUGGAAUUCAUUGAUAUCCAUCAAUGCCUGGGAAGCACAGAGAAGGCCAGGCAUGAACGAAUUCAUACCAAGAAAGGUAACUUCAAUAGAUCUCUCAUUUCCAGUCUGAAGGAUGUAGACGAUUUGGCAACCCUAGAUGCUCUGGAUGAGAACACAGUGUCUGAACAUCUUGAGAAAUGUUAUUCCAGAGAUCAGAUCUAUAUUUAUGUGGGAGAUAUUCUCAUUGCACUUAACCCUUUUCAGAGUCUGGGUCUUUAUUCCACAAAGCUUUCUAAGUUGUAUAUUGGAGCAAAGAGAACUGCCAACCCACCUCACAUUUUUGCAAUGGCUGAUUUGGGAUACCAGUCUAUGGUCACAUAUAAUGCAGACCAGUGCAUCGUUAUUUCUGGAGAAAGUGGUGCUGGCAAGACAGAGAGUGCUCAUCUUCUGGUUCAACAGCUCACUGUGCUUGGAAAGGCUAAUAACAGAACCCUGCAAGAGAAGAUUUUACAAAUGAACAAUUUGGUUGAAGCCUUUGGCAAUGCCUGCACUAUUAUAAAUGACAAUUCCAGCAGAUUUGGAAAAUACUUAGAAAUGAAAUUUACCUCUUCUGGAGCUGUAGUGGGAGCACAGAUUUCUGAAUACCUUUUGGAAAAAUCCCGUGUCAUUCACCAAGCCAUUGGAGAAAAAAAUUUCCAUAUCUUUUACUACAUUUAUGCUGGCUUAGCAGAAAAGAAGAAACUAGCCCUUUACAAAUUGCCUGAAAACAAGCCACCCAGGUACUUACAAAAUGACAACCUCAGAACAGUACAGGACAUGAUGAACAAUAGUUUCUAUAAAUCACAGUAUGAAUUAAUUGAACAAUGUUUCAAAGUCAUCGGUUUUACAAUGGAGCAACUUGGAAGUGUCUAUAGUGUACUCGCCGCAAUCUUGAAUGUUGGAAACAUUGAAUUCUCCUCUGUGGCAACUGAAUACCAGAUGGACAAGAGCUACAUCUGCAAUCACACAGCUCUGGAAAACUCUGCUUCUUUGCUUUGCAUUCAAGCAGAUGAGCUGCGGGAAGCUCUCACCUCACACUGUGUGGUCACUAGAGGAGAGACAAUAAUACGACCCAACACAGUGGAAAAGGCUGCUGAUGUCCGAGAUGCCAUGGCCAAAACUUUAUAUGGCCGUCUCUUUAGCUGGAUAGUCAAUUGUAUUAACAGCUUGCUGAAGCUUAACACGUCACCAAGUGGGAAUGAGGAGCUAAACAUCGGCAUUCUUGACAUAUUCGGCUUUGAAAACUUCAAAAAAAAUUCCUUUGAGCAGCUGUGCAUUAACAUUGCAAAUGAACAGAUCCAGUAUUAUUUUAAUCAGCACGUGUUUGCAUGGGAGCAGAAUGAAUACCUAAAUGAAGAUGUAGAUGCUAGAGUUAUUGAAUACGAAGACAACCGGCCCCUCUUGGAUAUGUUUCUACAGAAGCCCAUGGGCUUAUUGUCCCUGCUUGAUGAGGAAAGCAGAUUUCCCAAGGCCACUGACCAGAGUCUCAUAGAAAAGUUUGAAGACAACCUGAAGUCACAGUACUUCUGGAGACCCAAAAGAAUGGAACUCAGUUUUGGCAUUCACCACUAUGCAGGAAAAGUCCUCUAUAGUGCUGGUGGGUUCUUGGCUAAAAACAGAGACACUUUCCCAACUGAUAUUGUGUUGCUUUUGAGGUCAUCAGAAAACAGUGUAAUUCGGCAACUUGUCAACCACCCUCUGACCAAAACAGCCUAUGUGUCAGUACUCCCGGGAGACCAGUUCUUUCUGGGAGGAAUCUGGGUAUGGAGAGCUAUGUACUCCUUGAUGGAUUUAUUAUCUAAAAUGGUAGUGGGACAACCUCAUUUUGUCCGUUGCAUCAAGCCAAAUAAUGAGCGACAGGCAAGAAAAUAUGACAAGGAAAAAGUUCUGCUCCAGCUGCGUUGCACAGGGAUUUUAGAAACAGCAAGAAUUCGAAGGCUUGGUUAUUCACAUCGGAUACUCUUCGCUAACUUUAUAAAGAGGUAUUACGUUCUCUGCUACAAAUCAAGUGAAGAGCCCCCAGUGAGCCCAGACACCUGUGCUGCCAUUUUGGAAAAGGCUGGUCUUGAUAACUGGGCUCUUGGAAAAACAAAAGUGUUCCUUAAAUAUUAUCAUGUGGAACAGUUGAAUCUAAUGCGAAAGGAAGCCAUCAACAAGCUUAUUUUGAUUCAAGCCAGUGUCAGAGCAUUCUUGGGUGCAAGAAGAUACCAAGAACUCCAGCAGAAGAGGAAGAGCAGUGCUGUAAUAAUACAGUCAGCUGCAAGAAGACAUCUCUUGCGAAAACAUGGAAAAGAAACCUCUAAUGUGAAAAGUGCAGCAGGAAAGAGCAUUCGGGCUAAGGAUCAGGAAUUUGACUACAAGAAAAAUUUUGAAACCAAAAGGGAAUCUUUUAAGAAACAGACAGAAAACGCAGUGCCUACUAAUGAAUCCAACAUUUCAACUCCAAACAACAAAGAGAGCCCAUCUGCUGGGAAAACAGCUCCCUUCAGAGCGGAGGCAAAAGCCACCAAUGUUGAGAGUAACAACAGAAGAUACCAUACUCAGAAGAAAAUGAGCAAUGUGUAUGAAGAAGGACAGACUCAAGAGCUAUAUAUUGUGGGGGACACGUGGGCAGAAGUAAGCCCCAGGCAGAAGUAUGUGCAAGACCUGGAAGAAAGCAAAAAGAUGAGGAAAGAGGAGAAAGGAGAUGCUGUGAUCCAGAGUUACUGUCAGUGGUACACAGAGGGGAGCAACUUUGAAGAGUCAAAAGCAGCAUGUCUAGAAGGAAGUGAGACAUGGGAAAGACCAAGCUGCCCAGGGUUGUGGCUGACUGAGGAGAUUUACCUGAGAAAAACUUUGGAUCCGAGUCUUAGCCAAAAGUCAGUCUAUCAAAAUGCAGAUGGCAAAGAAAAAGAAAAGAAAAUAUCUGUGGUUACCCAGAAUGCAUCACUGGGCAACCUGGAGAGAGACUAUCACUUGCUAGGGUUCCUUGGAGGAAAGGACACUGGACCAGUGCAUCAGGCCCAGGAAGAAGACAAGGCUGCUGUGUUCAUUCACAGCAAAUACCAGAGUUCCAAGAAAAAGCAACAGCUGGGAAAGGACAGGCUGGCACCUCCCUUUAAGAAUCAAAAGAACCUUUCAUCACCCACGGAAGUAGCAAAAAACACUCACAAUGCUUAUUCCUGUCUGACAAAGCAGGAGGGAAUCCAUCAUAUCAAGAUGGUGGAUGAGAGAGACUCAAAAAUGGCUUCAAAAAAAGAAGCAUGGGAUUUGGCAAUAUUUUCAAGACAGAUAUCAAAGCUAUCUGAAGAGUAUUUCAUUCUGCAGAAAAACUUGAAUGAAAUUAUUUUGGCCCAGCAACUGAAGCCAUUUUAUCUAGGUAUCUAUCGCCAUAAACCAAUCAACAGACACAUUUCUACUCACCAGUACCUCUCAGGUGUCUCUAAAGGGGAAGAACCAAAAAUAUUGAGACCUCCAAGACGACCUCGGAAACCCAAAACAUUAAAUAACCCUGAAGACUCCACAUACUACUAUCUACUCCACAAGUCAACCCAAGAAGAAAAAAGGAGACCAGGAAAAGACAGUCAAGGAAAGUUAUUAGGUUUGGAAGAUUUCUAUUAUAAGGAAUUUUUGCCUGCUCAUUAUGGACCCAAGGCACAUAGCUAUAAUGCAAGAGAAUGGAAAGCACAGAAGGAACCCCAGGAUCAACGCAUUGAGAGUAAUGAGAGGUGUUGGACCGCCUCGGAGAAUGAGAGCCUGGGGGAAGAGAGGAUUUCAACCAACCCUUACGACUACAGGAGGCUCCUGCGCAAAACCUCCCAGCGGCAGCGCCUGGUGCAGCAGUUGUAG